AUGAGCCAACAAGCUAAAACAGAGCUGUCAAACGAGGAGUCCAACAGGGGAGUGUGUUGGUACCCCCUGAGAAAAUGGUGGCAGUCCAGCAGGCUUUUCAAUCAGGAUCUUGGCCUGCCACCGUUCCUGGAGCCAGGGGACCCUCGGUGGAGGGAUGUGGACCGGCUCCAGAGGAGUCUGGGAGCCUGCUCCUGGCCAGGGUACAUUCCCCCUCCGCUGUUUGUGCCCUACAUCUCUGCGUCAGUGUAUCACUCUGGCCAGAAGAUUAGUGAGGAGCAGUACAAGUGGAGGGUCAACCUGGAAGUGGCUCACUUCUUUCCCUCAGACAUUUUUGUCAGCGUCAGCGACGGAUUCCUGGAGGUCAGAGGGAAACACGAGGAGAGGCCAGAUGAGCAUGGAUUUAUUGCCAGAUGUUUUACAAGGAAAUACAGGCUCCCCGAAGACCUAGAUGCAACCAAAAUCGUCUCCACUCUUUCUGCUGAUGGUAUCCUGACUGUAGUAGCACCGGUUUCCGAUAACUCAAUUCCUGCUGACAUCAUCAUAAAGGUGGAGGUGGAGGCGACUGGAGAGGAACAGGAGAAAGAAGAAGCCCCUGAUACAGACCCAGGUAGCUGCAGAGCCCCAGAGGCCCCAUGUCUGCCGUCUGCAGAGGAUGACGGGAAAGAGUCUCCACUAGAGGUCCAUGGAGCUGGGCUUGAAGAGAGGAGGGACCAGGAGGAGGAGACCCUUGAAAAGCCAGCUGGAGAGUCCCACCCAUCAGCGCCUGUAGAUGACGAAGGCAUAGAGAAUUUCCAAGUGUCUUCUGAGCACAAUGAAGCCCAGGAAAUCCUAGAAAUUCCAGACACAGAAUACCAAGAACCAGCAGUGGAUGGAGAGAUACAGCCAGGCUCAGGGGAGACUACUGAUGAGAUCACCCACCCUGAGGAGCAAGAGCUAGGCAAGAGUCCACCAAAUGAUGCCCCAAGCCAAGAGUUGGAGGUCCCCGACAUAAAACAAGAAAACUGAGUACAAACACAAGUUUUCCCCAAAUGUUGCACCAACAUACAGAAACAGCGUGCACUGCUUACCUUGCACCAGUUCAGAUGCAUUUUAGAUACAAUAUAUAAUAGCCAUAUAUAACCAUGCUUCCAUUGGAGCUCCAAUAAAGCAAUAGCAUGUGAAAAUGUUAGAAACUGUG